AUGGGUGAAUUCCAUGGAGCGGUCUCGUCUCUUUUAGACGCUUUUGCUCGUGGAAUUGGAAUUAUUAAGGCUCAGAGGAAGAGGAGAAAGAAUGGUCAUAUACCUAUUGAUCAGUCGAGUAAGACUGCGGAAACACAAUUGAGCAAGUCUUUGAAGAAGAGUCGGACAGAAGUCAAGAAUGCUUACGGGAAGGACUUGAAUCGAUAUGGACCUGGGUUUGCGGAAGGCGAUGCCGAAGCUCGCUCCUCCCUCCAAGCAAUCAUGUUCCGUCUCAAUGCCGGCUUCGUCUCCGUAAUCGAGCGCUUCACUAAAGGUCGCUCUAGUCCAACAGACUACCAAGUGCUCCUCAACCUCUCCAACUCCUCUCGGUUGGAAGCCAUUACCACUUUCCAACAACUCUCCUACCGUCUCUCUCGUUCCUCCCUCGCUCUCCCGCUCAGUCCCCAUAGGACAGGCCACAAAGCUUCAGCCACUCACCGUCGUAAACAGAAAAGCGUCACUUCAUCGUUAGGGCACUCGAAGCGUCCUCAUACCCGCUCGAAAAGUGCUCCCGAGUUAUCUAUUUCUAGCACGCCUCUUGGGCCAGCGACACCAGAGGGAUGGAUCCGUCCCAAAGCUAGCAGGAAGUCAUCCACAGAUUCAAGAUCCUCUGGAUCCUCAACUCCCAAACAGCGAAGCUCUCCUAAGCCUCUCGCUCUCCCAGCACCGCCCGCAAUUCCCCGUCCUGCUUCAGCAACCCGCAGGUCACCACCGCCACCUCCUUACCAAUCUCAACUUUCUUCCCCCAGCUCCAUCCCAGAAGCAUUUAUACCUGAUCUGUCACCGCCACCUGUGCAGAGACUGCAAGUCCGAGUAUCCAAAGCUGAUAAGCGCAAAUCGUUCAUGUCGUUCGCGUCAGAUAGCACGAAGCUGGGUGAGAUUCCCGAGCAUAGAUGGGGAAGGAAUGCGAUUCCACAGGGUGGACAGUUUCCUAUUACGCCUUAUUAUCCGGUACAAAUGUAUCAGGAGCCCCAGAAGCCGAGGUCGAGGUUUAUGAGACUGUUUAGAAGGUAG